UCCCCCUCGCCGGGGUGUAUAUGCGAAGCGCCGCCACCGCCGCUGUUCACUCGCUGCAAGCCGGAGCUUCGCUGCCAUGAUCAGUGCCCGUCGCCUCGUCGAGCCGCCGGUUAUGGAGGGCUACGAGCAACCCAAGAAAGAGCGCCAGGGCGGGCUGCCGCUGGACGAUCGCCACGACAGCGGCUUGGACUCUAUGAAAGAGGAGGAGUACCGACAGCUGGUGAAGGAUCUGGAGGACAUACGCUUGCAGCCCCGCGAGCCGCCCGCCUGGGCACAGCAGCUGACAGAGGACGGGGACACUUUUCUCCAUUUGGCGAUUAUUCACGAGGAAAAAGCCCUGAGCCUGGAGGUGAUUCGGCAGACGGGCGGGGACUGUGCUUUCCUGAACUUCCAGAACAACCUCAGCCAGACUCCUCUUCACCUGGCGGUGAUCACUGAUCAGCCUGAAAUUGCCGAGCACCUUCUGAAGGCUGGAUGUGACCUGGAAAUCAGGGACUUCCGAGGAAAUACCCCCCUGCACAUUGCCUGCCAGCAGGGCUCCCUCAGGAGCGUCAGUGUCCUCACACAGUACUGCCAGCCGCACCACCUCCUCGCUGUCCUGCAGGCAGCCAAUUACAAUGGACAUACAUGUCUCCAUUUGGCAUCUAUUCAAGGAUACCUGGCUAUUGUGGAAUACUUGCUGUCCUUGGGAGCAGAUGUAAAUGCUCAGGAGCCAUGCAAUGGCAGAACAGCACUGCAUUUGGCUGUCGACCUGCAGAACUCGGACCUGGUCUCCCUCCUGGUGAAACACGGGGCAGAUGUCAACAAAGUGACCUACCAGGGCUACUCCCCCUAUCAGCUCACAUGGGGAAGAGACAACUCCACCAUACAGGAACAGCUGAAGCAGCUGACCACAGCUGACCUACAGAUGUUGCCAGAAAGUGAGGAUGAGGACAGCAGUGAAUCGGAGCCUGAGUUCACAGAGGAUGAACUUAUGUAUGAUGACUGCCUUAUUGGAGGACGACAGGUGGCAUUUUAAAGCAGAGCUUUCUGUGAAGUGACUGUGUACAUAUGUAUAGGAAAAGGACUGACUCUUCAUUUUCAAAGUCACAAUGCAGAGGGAAGGAACAGGAGGGAAAUACGACACUGCCCAAUGAGGAGCACGGAAUUGUAACAGGAUGGUUCCAGGUUCUGGCCUGUGUUUAAAUACAGAAGUGGGAUGUGUAACAGUAGAGAUCUGUGAUUAUUCACAGCAGCUGAUAAGAGCCACAUAGCUAAUCUUCUCAACCAUACGAAGGUAACAGACUACACAUCCAGCCUGCUAGUUACAGAGAGGUAUCUUGUGGCAUUAAGUACUACAAGGAGCAUGUGUCCUUUCAUAGCAAGGCAGGCUCAUACCAACACUCCAUCUUCUCAGAGAGCUGUGUCACUUUGUGUUGGGCUGGUGGUGCUCCCUGGCCUUACUGACUUGACCUCAUCAGCUCUCAGUGGGGCAUCCCAGGCUGAGAAGUCAAACUGAGGGACUGGUGACCUGGCUAUUAAGAGAAAGUAGCAAUAAUGUUAACUGUGGGCAUUGGAAACUCUGUGUUUCACACCAUGUGUGUCAUAAUUGCUACACUUUUUAGCAAUUGUAUAAUGUGUAAAUACUGUACAUUUUUUUUUGUUUAUAAUUAUUUUGGUACAUGUGAGAUAAUGUAUUUAUUAAAAAAAA